GCUCGUGCUCGUCCCCGCGGCCCGGAGAGCCUGGCGGCGGCCGCGCGCGCGCCGCCCGGCCCGGUCCCCGCCCCCAACCGCGCCGGCUCCCGGGUACCACCGCCAUGUGCUCGCUAGCGUCGGGCGCUCCCGGCGGCCGGGGCGCCGUGGAGGAGGACGACGACCCGCCAGAGCUGUCAGACAGCGGCGACGAGGCCGCCUGGGAGGAUGCGGACGACGACGAGGCGGGCCCGGCCCACGACAAGCAGCCGACCCCCUGCCUGUUCUGUGACAGGUUGUUUACAUCUGCUGAAGAAACAUUUUCACACUGUAAGUCUGAGCAUCAAUUUAGUAUUGAUAACAUGGUCCAUAAACAUGGACUUGAAUUUUAUGGAUACAUUAAACUAAUAAAUUUUAUUAGACUUAAGAAUCCUACAGUUGAGUAUAUGAAUUCUAUAUACAACCCAGUGCCUUGGGAGAAAGAAGAGUAUUUGAAGCCAGUAUUAGAAGAUGACCUUUUACUUCAAUUUGAUGUAGAAGAUCUUUAUGAACCGGUGUCAGUCCAGUUCUCGUACCCCAAUGGACUCAGUGAUAAUACAUCUGCUGUUGAAAAAUUGAAACAUAUGGAAGCCAGGGCACUGUCUGCUGAAGCUGCGUUAGCUAGAGCACGUGAGGAUCUACAAAAAAUGAAACAAUUUGCUCAGGAUUUUGUGAUGAACGCAGAUGUCAGAAGCUGCUCGUCAUCUACUACUGCCAUUGCAGACCUCCAGGCGGAUGAGGAUGGUGUUUAUUUCAGCUCAUAUGGGCAUUAUGGGAUACAUGAAGAAAUGCUAAAGGACAAAGUACGAACAGAAAGUUACCGAGAUUUUAUAUACCAAAACCCACAUAUCUUCAAAGACAAGGUAGUUUUGGAUGUUGGUUGUGGAACUGGAAUUCUUUCUCUGUUUGCUGCUAAAGCUGGGGCAAAGAAGGUUCUUGGAGUUGAUCAGUCCGAAAUACUUUACCAGGCAAUGGAUAUCAUAAGACUAAAUAAACUUGAAGAUACUAUUAUACUAAUUAAAGGAAAGAUUGAAGAAGUUCGUCUUCCUGUAGAAAAAGUGGAUGUUAUUAUAUCCGAGUGGAUGGGCUAUUUUCUUCUUUUUGAGUCUAUGUUAGAUUCUGUCCUUUAUGCAAAGAACAAAUACUUGGCAAAAGGAGGAUCGGUCUACCCUGAUAUUUGCACCAUCAGCCUUGUGGCAGUAAGUGACAUGGAUAAGCAUGCUGAUAGAAUUGCUUUUUGGGAUGAUGUCUAUGGCUUCAACAUGUCCUGCAUGAAAAAAGCAGUUAUUCCAGAAGCUAUUGUGGAGAUUUUAGAUCCGAAGACUCUUAUUUCAGACCCUUGUAGUGUUAAGCAUAUAGAUUGCCAUACGACAUCUGUCUCAGAUUUGGAGUUUUCUUCAGAUUUUACCCUGAAAAUCACAAAGACAUCCUUGUGCACGCACCCAAGGACACUAAACUCACAACAGUUUCCAAGAUACUACUUCCCUGAACACACCAUGCAGUUGCUGGCUACUUUGAUAUAUAUUUUGAGAAGAAUUGCCACAACAGAGUCGUGUUCUCUACGGGCCCCCAGAGUACCAAAACACACUGGAAACAAACAAUAUUUCUGUUGGAAAAGCCAUUUUCAGUUAAAGCAGGAACUGCGGCAGAACGUUAAGAUUUGACAGAGCUGAGUGCCUCUGAUGAUAGUACUAGUGAAUAGAAGCCAGAAGCUGUGGGGCAGAGUACUGAAGAGGACAAGCUAACCAGACAAAGAGCUCUAGACAUCUACACAGAAUGUCCCCCUGAGUUUAAAUGAGUGCUAAGAUGUAUAUAUGUAGGACGAAAUGCCAGAGGUCAGGCAAAGCAGCUGUGGCACCUCCAAACCAAACAGUUCUCAGAGUUUACACAGGGCUGUGGGAUAUUCAGGUUUCAGCCAGCUAGAGUGAGGAAUCCUUUUGGACUUGAUUCAGUAGAGAUUCUAGAAGGACCAUAGCUUCAUAGUGGGAAUAAACUAUCCCUAGAGUAAAGGCUACUCUGGAAGCUCCUUAACAAAGCUUAAAAAAAGCCUUGAAAGGAAAAAACUGCACUGCAAGUAACUUUAAUGGCAACAAAGGAAAACAACAAAACUCAGACACUCAACAUAAAAUUCAUGAUGGCCAGCAUUCAAGCAAACGUUGAAUGCAGCAAAAUAUCAGUCCAUAGAAACAGACCCAGAAGUGAUGGAAUUAGCACACAAGCAUAUUGAAACAUGUAAUAACUACUUUUAUAUUAAUAUAGUGAUGAGAAUAUGAGAAGAUAUUUAAAAUCCAGAUAGAACCUCUAGCAAUGGAAAUUACAAUAUCUGAAGUGAAAAUGUCAUUUGAUGGAAUUAAUGGUAGAAGAAAAGAUCAGUCAACUUGAAGAAACAGCAAUAAAUUGUAUCCAAAAUGAUGCACAGAGAGGGGAAAAAAAGAUUUUUAAAAGUAUGAAUGUAUCCAUGGUAACCUUUGGGAAAAUAUGAAGCACUCAAACUUAAAUGUAAUAAUAAAAGUCCCUGGAAGAAGCAGGGGCAGGAAAUAUAUUUGAAGAAAUAAUGCCAAAAUUUUCUUACAUUUGAUAAAAACUAUAACCCACAGAUUGAAGAAACUCAGUGAAUCCCAAGUAGGAGCAACACAAAGAAAACAGCACCAAGGCACAUCAUAAGCAAAUUGCUGAUAAACAGUGAUAAUAAUAAUAAAAAAAAAAAUCUUAACAUUAACCAGAGAAAAAGGAAACAUAUAAAAAGGAACAAAGAAAGAAUUACUUCAGAAUACUCAUCAGAAACUAUGUAAGCCAGAUGCUAAUCAAAUGACGUUUUCGAAGUGCUAAAAGAAAGUGUCAACCUAGAUUCUACAUCUGGGAUAAAUACAUUUCAAAAAUGAAGACCAACUUUUCCAGAAGAAAAAUGCUGAAAGAAUUAAUCGCCAGCAGACCAGCAAUACAAGAUACAUUAAAGUAGGUUCUUCAAGUGGGAGAAAAAUAUCCACUUGGAUCUAAACAAAGGAAUGGAAAAUGCCAGAAAUGGUAAAUGUGUGAGCACAUAGAAAAGCUUUUAUUUUCUCAUUUUUUAAUUUCUUAAAAUAUAGGUAAUUGAUUAUUUAAAGCAAAAAUAAUAAUGUAUUGUGGGUUUCAAAAC